GUUGUGGUAAAUAAAAAAUAAGGGUGAAUCCCACUUGCAAAUAUUCACAUUGCACUUGUAAAUUUUGCUUACAAGUGCGAUUUUUCAUACACAUUGUUUUAGCGGGUGCUUUUGUAGCUCUGGCAUAGUUUUAUUCAAGAAAUGUCCUGUUAGUGUAGUUGUGAUUUGAUUACUUUAACAAUGCAAUGAUGUGUCUUACAUAGUUUUGACAAAAGAAUAAAAAAAACAAAAGCGUGAUUAAAAGAGUUCAGCUAUCUGGGCUUCCGUAUUUUGAAAUUAGUCAAUUAGCUAUUAUCAUUGUUACAUUUUAGUAUUAUAUGUAUAAAGUAAAUACUGGUACAGAUGGAAACGGCUGUUUUUCUGAUGAUGUGUUAUCAAUUGUGUUAUGCUACCGUGAUAGCUAUAUAUAAUUAAUCAAAACAUAUCAACCCAAGAAGUUAAUAUAUACUUUGAGAAUGGCUAAUCCAAGCUAUUUUAGAUCAUGUUUACAACAUGGUAUAUACAAACAUGGGUUGUGGUUCUUCUAAAAAUACUUCCACUAUUGACACUAGCAACACAUUUGUUGAAGGUAUACAUCCCACCGUCAUCAAAGAAUGUAGUCUUCAACAUCUUCGUGAUCGACCUCUUAAACACAACAUGGCGUAUACAAAUGGACUUCUUACUUAUGAAAAAGCAUCUAAAUUGAAAUUAAAGAAUGUUAAUCAGAUGUGGGAUGCUGUAAAGCAAACAUCAGACACUAAUUCCAUUCAUGUUGAACCCAUAAAAAACCGCAAAGGCUGGAGAACCAUUCGAAUUUUUGUAUCAAGUACAUUUAAAGAUUUUCAACAAGAACGAGAAAUUCUAGUAAAGGAGGUUUUUCCGGACUUACGAUUAUGGUGCGAACAAAGAAAACUUCGACUUGUUGAAUGUGACUUGAGAUGGGGAGUACCAAAAGAUUCUACAACAGAAGAAACCAUCAAAAUAUGUUUAAGUGAAUUAGACCGCUGUUAUGAAGAUAAUGUUGCUCCCUUUUUUCUAAAUUUGACAGGGGACAGAGCCGGUUGGAUUCCUAAGUUUGGUGAUUUAAGUGAUAGCCUAGCUGCGCAAUAUGGCUGGAUAUACGGAUUAUCAGUGACUGAAAUGGAAAUUGUCCAUGGUGCUUUUAGAAAACUCAACCCAAAUGCACAGAGCUCUAUGUUUGUGCACAACAUCACCUAUAAACUGAAUAAAGAAUCACCUAUAAACCGAAUAGGAAUUCUAACAUGUAGAAUGAGAAAAAAUUGUCAGACAUUUCUUGACAAUUGGUCACGAUGUGUUCUUGGAAGAGACAAGUUAACUGAGCAGAUCAAAUCUUACAUUCAUUCAAGUAGCGCAGUAUCGUCCUUGCUUCUUGUUGGAAAUGGAGGGGCUGGAAAAUCUGCUGUCAUGGCGAAAUGUGCAAGUGAUAUAUUACGAUCUACCCAUUCAAAUGAGAAGGUGAAAUGGAGAGUAUUUUUUCAUUUUGUUGGUGCUACUCCUGGAUCAACUGAUCUUGCUUUUUUCCUGCAACGUCUUACUAAAGAAGUUAAACCAGAUAUGAAAGAUACUGCCAAUGAUUUGGAGACAUUGAUACAACUCAGCAACAGUUUGUUAUCAAAUCCGAAUACAAAACCAAUAGUUUUAUUCAUUGACGGUGUCAACCAGUUUGAUGAAGAUAAACAACAAUACUUAAGACGUUGGUUACCAGAUAAACUUUCUUCCAAUGUCCGUGUUGUUGUUUCCACGAUAGAAAACACAGAAAGUCAUCAUAUGUUUAAAAUGUGCAAACCUCAACCAAGUGAGAUUUUGUGUGGUGCAUUGGAUACUGAUUCUCGCAAGGAAAUCGUGAACAACUUUCUUAGUGUGUACAACAAACGACUUGAUGAGGAGCAGUUGGACAAACUUCUAGCUAAGGAAGGUUCGAGUAACCCGUUAUGGUUAUCAGUUGCAUGUGAGGAGCUGAGAGUGUUUGGAAGAUUUGAGGAACUUAUUGAGAAAAUAGAAAGUUUACCAAAUGAACUUAUUAGUUUGGAAAUGGAAGUUUUCUCUCGGUUUGAAGCAGAGUCUGGUGGUCCAUUGAUGAAAGCAACAUUAUGUUUACUUGAAGUUUCAAGGCAUGGUUUGCUUGAAACAGAAUUGUUAGCUUUACUUGGAGAUGACAAUAAUAUCAAAUGUCCUGAUUAUGUUGAGGGCUCUGCUCCUCCUAUAAAAGGCGAGGCUGAAUUCUUUUCAUCUGGAGCAGAAAAUAUUUUUCACGCUCGAAGAAUACACCGACAGAAAAGUAAGCAGGUGAAUUAUCUACCUGCUAGAGACUGGGCUAUUAUUUACCGUAACUUGAAACAACUCCUUAGACCAUGUGGAGAUCUUGGAGAAGGACGACUUGAUUUUUAUCACAGAUCUCUUAGCAAGGCUGUUAGAAGAAUGUAUUUCAAGGGAAGUGAGGAAUGCCGAACGCAUAUGUACACAUACUGGCAUGAAGUACUGGCAAAAUAUUUUGAAAACAAUCAUGAUGAUGUGGACAGAAAAGCAGAGGAACUUCCAUUCCAUUUGGAACAACUAAUGGACGAUAACAGAUUAAUGCGUUGCUUGCUAGACUGGCCGUUGUUCAAUCGACUUUACAAUGAAGAUUUUAGUAUUGAUUUGCUUGGAUCUUGGCAAAAGGCUGGUGGGUAUGCAGUUGCUGCAGCUCUCUAUAAAGAAUCUCUUUUCUUGUUAAAAGAAUCUGACAUGCCACUCUCUGAACUGGCUGAACAAAUGGAAAUGGUUGCCAUGUUUCUUAUACAAGCUGGACAAUACUCUGUCGCAUUGUCGUUGUUGGAAGAACGUCUUCAAUAUGAGAAAGAUCAACUCGGUGAACGCACAGAAAAAUUAGCAGAUAUAUAUCAACUGAUGACCUUAUGUAAAAGUGAGGUUGUGAAACAGCAUCCUCUCAUGUACAAAUACAUGUACCGAUUUCUUCAUAAAUCUCAACUCGUUGAACACACCAAAGUCGUCGAGCUGUUGAGAAAAACUAACGGUUACCGAAAAAAGUUGAAUGGUAAAUAUGGCGAGCAACAAAAGUUCAAGAUAGCGAUAAAUAACAUCCUUCUCUGCUUCCACCUGACCAUAAUGGCGUUGCUUGAUCCAACUUGUGCAGAAGAUUAUCGUAGCGAAGGUUUUCAAGUUAUCAAUGAAGCCAUGAAUGUGUUUGAAAAGAUCAACGAUCUUGGACAUUUAUCGGACGCCAUUAUGACAAAAACGUUUAUGAAUGCCAAUGCAAGUUUUGAGGAGAAAAAGAAGCAAUUAAAGCAAGCACUCGAGUUGUGUUUACGAGCAUAUGGUAAAGGCCAUCUGAUGUACAUUCGAUUAUGUCUGAGUAUUGGUCUUCUUCAUGAACAGAGUGGCGAUUAUUAUACCGCUUACGAAUACUUUUCCAGAUGGGAUAACGCUGCUAGAGAGGUUUAUGGACCAAAUCACAUCAAAACUAUCCGUUCCAAAGAAGCUCUGGACUCACCUGUUUAUAGAAGAAUAAAAGAAGAAAAAGAGAAAGCUGAAACAAGUUGACCUCUCAUGCAGGGUAGAGAAGCAUCGUAUGUUUUUAUUGACCAGUAGCUAUGGUUAGUAUAAGACAGCUUGUUAUCAUGGUUGGUUUGUUGUCACUGAUGUGAUGGUUACAACGUGAGCAAGGUUAAAAAUUUACAAGGUAAAGAAGUGAAGAUUUAAUCUUCCUGAGUAAUAGUGUGGUCACCCAAUGUUCACAGUUAUUGUGUUUACACUCCUGUGUGAGCUGUUUUCAACAACGGAAAUAAAAAAUCUUCGCAAAUCAAAAUGACGCAGUUAGUUAUUGAUAGAUCUUUUUGGUCAAACCGCCAAUUAAUUUUCUUACCUUUAAUUCUUUACCUUAAUUUAACUUAGUUGAUUUCGUAUUUUAUUAUCUUAAAGUACGAAUUUUUUGCCGAAUUUUUUUGUUAUUAAGAUGCCGAAUUUUUUGGAAUGUUUUUAAUACGUAUUUUAAUUUUAAGUUUUAAAUAUUUUUCAUGGAAAGUUAUACCAAGAAAAGGAGUUCCUGCACAACAUGCCAAGACCAAAUAUGGGUAAAAAAAUACUUUAAAAGAUCGCCGACUCACUCGUCGUUGCUUUGCAAUUAAAUAGUUUUUUUACAGAAAGUAUUUUUUUUUGUUUAUUUUUGCGAAUAGGCGCAAAAUCGGAAAAAUGAGUUUCGCAGUAAUUUUUUUUUUGCAUUUUUAUAAUACGCUUUAAAAGCUGUGGUAAUUAAUACGCGCGAGAAUCAAAUUAAUACGCGCAAGAAUCAAUGCGACCUAGAAGAAUUAAUACGCGCGGAAAUCAAUACACGCGAAAAUCAAUAAACGUGAAAAUCAAUACACGUGAAAAUCAAUACACGCGAAAAUCUAUACACGCGAAAAUCAAUACACGCGAAAAUCAAUACACGUGAAAAGCAAUACGCGUGAAAAGCAAUACGCGUGAAAAGCAAUACCAGCAAGAAUAAAUACACGCGAGAAUAAAUACGCGCGAGAAUUAUUACAGGCGCGAAUUGAUACGCGCGGAUAUAAAUAUACGCGAAAGUUUGUGCGUAUUUUUACUUGCAAAUGCAUUUUUAGACUGAAUUUACGACGUUUGCUGGCCACGUCACAAUUUUGACUUUUUAACAGGAAUACUUUUUUUUGUGCAAUAAUAUUUAUACAAUGUAUUUGAAAUUUUAUAAUUUUUUUUUACUGUUUUUGCUGCAACAAUGUAAAUAAUAUAUUUUGUGACGAA